AAAAAUAAUAAAAGAGAGAGGGGCUGGGCGGCUCUUGGGUGAAAUUGGGUGGGUUGUGACCUCUCCGCCGAUUCUACCCAACGCCCCUCUCCUCGCCGUCGUGGUUAUAGCCGGCGGCGUGAAAACUGAUGGCUAACCGCCAGCUCUCUAGCACCCUUAAGAACUUAAAGUUCAUGCAACGGGCAUCCCUCAAGGAUGAUAAGGUCAAGGAAGUUGAUAAGGACAAGCCCUUGGCAAACUUCGACGUUGUCCCGGCCCCUGCCGGAAGAUGCAUUGUUAUAAUGGAAGGUGAUCCUCAUCCAGGAGCUUUAAAAGGUCGGAUGUCCUUUCAGAGUUUCAAUCCCUCAAUAGAUAAACUAAAUGAAGAGGCUGCAAAUAACCAACAAAAUGUUGCUACUGCUUCAAAUAGCUAUGGAGAUUCAUCUAGAGUAGGUGAAGCCACGGCCAUAGGCUCCAGGGAGCCGAGAAUAGGAAGAUCAAACAAUGGUUCAGACGUUGGCCUCAAGAGGAAGCAACCUGAAGUGGAUAGCAACAGCACAACUCCUGAGGAGAUGCUUAAAAUCUAUAGUGACCAAGGUAAACAGUCAUCCUCUAACAAUAGAACAGGUUCUCUUAAGCAACAGAAACGGGGAAAACUUGACUGGAAUGUUCUAAGACCCACCACAAUAUGAUCAAUAGGGUUAGCACAUACAUUCAAAUGUAUUUGUUUAUUUCUCCCCUCAUUAUCUGUCGUUUGUUAUUUUUUUUUUUUCAUAGUUUCAGUGUACUCAUUUGUAACAAAAUUUAGUAGCAACAUGGAUCUGACAUCGGCGAGCUUCUCUACAAUUCGGAUGAGGCAGUAGUUUAUUUUGUGUUCAGACAUUGUUAAAAACUUAAAAUGCUGUUGUGUUCUCA